AUGGUCACUCCAGUGACCAAUGGGGGUUCUAAAUCAUCAUCUACUACAACUUCUUCAAAACCAAAUGAUGAUGAUAGUAAUAAUGAGACAACAAGCUAUUCUGAUAGCGAAAAUGAAGAAGAUUCCAGUGAUAAUGAUUAUAUCAGUGAUGAUUCCAAUUCGAAUGAUUAUUCAAAUGAUUCUCCCAUUACAUAUUUAUCAACUGAUGAAGAAUUACCGCCUAGUAGUGAUGAAGAUGAAAAUGAAAAUACAAAUGAUGAACUACCAUUAUCACAAUCUAAUAUCAACAACCAACGUCAAACGAAUGAUGAGUUAAUAAUCGAACUUAUUUCUAAUACUGAUUCAUUAAUUUUAUUUAUUUAUAAUUUAUUACAACGUGUAAGAUGUUUAAUAAGCUUCAUUAAGAAAUCAUAUCCACUUGAUCGAUAUAUUCGACAUCAAAUUCAUCUUAAAAAUAUUGAAAUAAAACGAUAUGCUCAAGAACAAAAAACAAAACCGAUUAAACUACAUGGUAUUGUUAUGGAUUUUCGUAUUCGUUGGAAUACGACAUAUGUUAUGUUAUCACGAUUUAUUGCAAUUAGUUCUAUAAUUACAGACGUAACAUUAUCACCUAGUAUUGAAAUUGUAUUAAAAAAUGUUUUAUUUCCUUUUUAUCGAGCAACAAAAUUACUUUCAGGAUCAAAAUAUCCUACCCUUUCAAUUGGGUAUUCUGUUUUAGUAGCAUUGAAAAACUUUUUGACAACUGCUGAAAGUGAUGAAGCAUUAGAAAAUGCAUUUAAAAAACUUUUGUUAAUUCAAUUCAACUAUUAUUUUGAAGAAGAAACAAGUUUAAAACAAAAACAUACGAUUUUAGUACGUCUAACUGUUUGA